AUGCUCGUAUUCGCAGACCGGAUUCACUCGUGGGCGAAAGCUCACGCGUCCUCUCGCGGCCUGCCUGAUCAGACUCCUUCCCAACAGGCCGCUGAUUCCAAUCCCACCGAAAAACCAUCCCGAGAUGGACAAGUGAACGUACCAGCAGAGGACCCUACUCCAGGGUCCGUCACGGAAACUCCCUCAAAGCCGGGUCUUUUGAUCCGCAUGCGAAAUGGCUCCGGUCGUUUCUACAACCACACCAAGGAUGCUCUUUGCCAUAGUUGGGUCAAUGUCCUUCUGGUCUUCGUGCCGGUCGGCAUCGCCUGUGAGGCUGCAGGUCUCAACCCAGCCAUCAUCUUUGCGAUGAAUGCAGUGGCCAUCAUUCCCCUGGCUGGAAUCCUCAGUCAUGCCACGGAAAGUGUCGCCAGUCGUCUUGGUGAUACAAUUGGAGCUCUCAUCAACGUCACUUUCGGAAACGCUGUAGAGUUGAUCAUCUUCAUCAUCGCUCUAGUGAAGAACGAGAUUCGUAUCGUUCAAGCCUCGCUGCUUGGCUCCAUUUUGGCAAAUCUGUUGUUGAUUAUGGGCAUGGCCUUCCUUUCUGGCGGUCUUCGCUUUCAGGAACAAAUCUACAACAGCACCGUUACUCAAAUGAGCGCUUGUUUGCUCAGUUUGAGUGUGGUCAGUCUAUUAUUGCCCACUGCCUUCCACGCUUCGUGGUCGGAUAAUACAAACGCCGACCGAGAGACUCUCAAGGUCAGCCGUGGUACCAGUGUUGUCCUCCUGCUCGUGUAUAUUUUGUACAUCAUCUUCCAGCUCAGGACCCACUCUUAUCUUUAUGCCAGUAUUCCUCAGGCCAUCAUUGAUGAAGAAUCUCACCCUGGUGUGUUGGCCGAGUUUAUGAACAGCUCUUCGGAUUCCUCAUCUAGCUCCAGCGACGACUCGGACGACACCACGACAUCGUGGACCACCGCUAAGCGCAUCAAGAGAGCAAUGAAGUACCGUAGACACCGCAAAUCGAGCACAAGCUCAAAAGGAACAACCUCUCGCAACUCCUUCCAGAAAAAGGCAAUGGCCUCCACGUCCAACGAGAACCAGAGCUCUAUCCCCAACUCGAUUGAUAGCAAUGAACACGCCCUUGACCUCGGUGACGAAAUUCGCUACGACGCCGAUGACGAUGCGCAGGAUCCUUCUGCUAUCCGCUCUCGCGACUUUGGAAUCGCCUUGAGCCAGAUGGACAGCAGAGGAAGCAAGAAGUCCAAGAAGCGUGAUCGCAAGAGACGCAAAGCCCAAAAGGCCGAGAAGAAGGCACAGCUCCAGGCUCCUAGUGAAAGCGGUCCCUCCAACGGCAAAAAUCCAGCGAUCAAGGGCUUCACAACUGCCCCGAACUUCGUUGGCUUCGAUGGUGUAGCAGCAGAGGAUGCACAGAAGCGUCGCUCGCCUUUCCCCAUCCAAUCCCUGCUUUCAAACACCGUCUUCAGCUCCCAGUCACCGGCCCUCUCACCUCGCAUUGGAGCUGGUGCGCACCCCGGCAUCUCUCGCAGUAACUCGUUACCCGCACACAUUACCCGCCCUCCCCCGGCCGGAAAUGCAGUCCAGUUCGCCCGUGGCGCUUCCCGCAUCGCCGACUCGAACGAACCCCCAGUCCCGGAGACAGCCUCCCAGGCCCCGGAACCGGAAAUGUCUCGCACUGCUGCUGUUGUCAUGCUCCUGCUGUCUACCGGUCUUGUCGCCGUUUGUGCUGAGUUCCUAGUUGAUGCUAUUCCAACUAUGAUCGCAAGCUCGAAUGUCAGUGAGGCCUUCAUUGGUCUUAUCAUCUUGCCUAUCGUUGGCAAUGCUGCCGAGCACGUUACUGCCGUCAGCGUCGCGACUAAGAAUAAGAUGGAUUUGUCUAUUGGUGUCUCUGUUGGAAGUAGUAUUCAAAUCGCCAUCUUCGUUACGCCCCUCGUCGUCAUCUUGGGUUGGUGCAUGGACAAAGAAAUGUCUCUCUACUUCACAUUGUUCGAGACCAUCUGUCUAUUUGUCACCACCUUUGUCGUCAACUUCUUGGUUUUGGACGGCCGCAGUAAUUACCUCGAAGGUGUACUUUUGAUUGCCGCCUAUAUCAUCAUUGCUUUGUCCGCAUUCUUCUACCCGGACAGUAACCAAUCUAGUACUAUCGCAGGUUAA